AUGACGCCCCGGCUGGCGGCAUGUGACCCGUGUCGAACGGCGAAACUGGCUUGUGGCCAUGAACGGCCCGUUUGCGCCCGGUGCGUGACAAACAACCGAGAAGAUGUUUGUGUCUAUCGCGCGACACCAUUCAAAAGGAAGCGAACCGAGACAAUUUCGCCAUCAUUCAUAUCUUCAAAAACGGCUCGCUACCAACCACUGGAGGAUUCGCCUGUGUCAUCAACUCCAACCCGUUCCUUGAACCCGAACCCUGGAUUUCUAGGAGCGUCUAGUCACAUUUCCAUCUUCAGUCACCUGAUACAGGAUGCGAACGACAGUCCAGAAAGAAAUGCAACCAGCAGUGUACUGUCUGGGCCAGAAGCUGCGUCUAAUACCAUCUAUCUGGACGAGGAACCAAUUGUUAAAAACACAGUGGACUUGGUGAGACAUGUCUUCCAAAGUUUUCCGUUGAAUGCUAUGCAAGAUUUGAUUACCUUCUGGCGUGCUACAGGCGCUAAUCUAGCUCUUGCUGAACCUUUCGUGGAUGAAUGCUCCCGAGCCCUGAGCACCAUCCUGGAAGGAGAGACGGACAAACAUAACCGGUGGCAUCAUUCAAUCACUCAUUCGUUGCUUCGAAACUCGAGACAGACACUUGAAAUUAAUCCUGGUUGCUCUGUUUCAGACUUCACAGCUCAGUUCGUAGGCCAAAACCUGCGAUGGGAAACGGUGGGGAUUUUCUUCGCCGCUGUGAUCCGAGCUACAAUGGAGGUGCCCUUCUUCCCAUCUUUGUACAAAUCAGAUGUGCGAAGACAGCAGCUUGUUGGACUAGCGAUCAAGGUUUCGGAUGCUCUGGCAGAGAUAUGUAUAUCUCUAGACUGCCUGAAUGACCUCCAGCUCAUUGCACAGUAUGAAAACUUCAUCGCUCAUUCGUACGUUCUUGGGAUUCAGUCUUACUCGGCGUGGAGAAGGCUUGGGGAUGUCAUAGCAUCAAUCACUGCUCUUGGUUAUCACCAAAAGCCGUCAGGACCAGUUUCAGCACCCUUGUUCCUGGUCGAGCUCCGGAAAACCGCUUUCGCCCGCAUUUACUCGGCCGAUAAGAAUUUUUCAAUCUUUCUUGGUCGCUCUCCAAGGCUGAGCAAAUAUUUCUGUCAUCUCCAAGUUCCUCAAGGACGACUAAUUCUUGACUCGGAGGGAUUAGAUCAACCAACGUCUGACAAGACGGAAUAUUGGACGCAAGAUGCCCAAGCUUGCUACAGAGCAGACACUCGUUGGUCCGCACAAUGCGCCUCCCUCAAAGAGGAUAUCCUAGUCAUGUUGUUUGGCGACAGUCGAGAUAUAUGCAUGGAAAAGUUAAAGUAA